UGCUCUCCUCUCUGUGCUCCAGGAUCCUGGUCCUCCGCCUGGUUCCCCCCUGCUGGGUCUCAAGCCGCUGCAGCUGCUGGAGGUGAAGGCUAGGGGGCGCUUCGGCUGCGUCUGGAAGGGCCAGAUGAUGAACCAAUACGUGGCCGUCAAGAUCUUCCCCAUCCAGAAUAAAGAGUCGUGGCAGAAUGAGAAAGAUAUAUUCAUCACGCCGGGGAUGAGGCACGAGAACAUCCUGAAGUACAUCGCUGCAGAGAGACGAGGGAGUCACCUGGAGGCUGAACUCUGGAUCAUCACCGAGUUUCAUGAGAGGGGCUCUCUGUCUGACUUCUUGAAGGGGAACAUCAUCAGCUGGUCCGAGCUGUGUCACAUAGCCGAGUCGAUGGUGUGUGGUCUGGCUUACCUGCACGAGGACAUCCCCCGACAGAAAGGAGAGGGACCCAAACCGGCCAUCGCUCACAGGGAUUUUAAGAGUAAGAACAUCAUGCUGCGUUCAGACCUCACCGCCGUGCUCGGAGACUUCGGCCUCGCUGUUCGCUUCGAGCCGGGGAAACCACCGGGAGAGACGCACGGACAGGUGGGGACCAGGCGUUACAUGGCCCCCGAGGUUCUGGAAGGAGCCAUCACCUUCCAGCGAGACGCCUUCCUCCGGAUCGACAUGUACGCUGUGGGCCUGGUGCUGUGGGAGCUGGUGUCCCGCUGCAAGGCUGUCGAUGGUCUGGUGGACGAGUACAUGCUGCCGUUUGAGGAGGAGGCCGGUCAGCAUCCGUCACUGGAGGAUCUGCAGGAAGUCGUCGUCCACAAGAAGUUGAGACCGGUGUUCAAAGACCUCUGUCUGAAACACAGCGGUCUGGCUCAUAUCUGUGAGACGGUGGAGGAGUGCUGGGAUCACGAUGCAGAGGCUCGUCUGUCGGCCGGCUGCGUGGAGCAGAGGAUCUCUCAGGCCCGCCGCCUCGCCGCCACCAUUACCCCGCCUACCUCCGACCACAACAACGCCCCUCUGGUCUCCACCAACCCACCCGUUUCCAUGGUAACCAAUGUGGACCUACCGCCCAAAGAGUCCAGUAUAUGAGGAAACUCAACAUGAAAUUAAAUAUUUUGGAGGCCUGACGUUACCCGAGAUUGUCCCGAAGUUCGGUUAAAACAGCCGAGUGACACUAAGACACACACACACACACACACACACACACACACACACACACACACACACACACACACACAUCUUCUCUCAGUGGAACUUAAACCAGAAAUACGGUGAGAAAGCAGCUGCUAUUUUAUCUCUUUGGACUUUAGAGGGUUUUUUUAAGCCGUCUUUUAUUUCAUUCUCUCUCUUUUCGUCCUUUUGGACAAAUAUUACCAGCACACGUCCUCGUUUUUCCGCUCGAGUCAUUUGUGUCUUUUUUAACCACAUGCGUGUUUCACAAGAAAACACACAUGUACACACACACACACACACACACACACACACACACAAACACACUCACACACAUCUGUGACGACUUCCGUUACUUUUGCAGAUGUUUUUACUGCUUUCCUCGCUGUCUUCUUCUUCUUCUCCAGAACUGAACUUAAUCUACCUGGCAGCAUCACAGCCGCGUCGCCUAGCAACCAUCUACCAUCAACCUACCGUUGGGACUUUUUUUUUCUUUUUACUACAAUGCUGCAAAACCCCGUGUAGGAACGCGAUGACUGUUACACAACCAACAAAUGCCAACAGCAGACUUUUAAAGACUUUAUUUUCUACCUUUUUAAUUUGAUUGUUUUUCGUUACUUUCGACGCAAACCUUCGGAUCCAACGGGUUGUAUCCAAAAAAGACAGGAAACAGGAAGUGAGGUCAGAAGGAAAUAAGUGAAAAACAAAAACCAGGACGACUGGACAGUGUUUGUUCCUUUACUCUCUCUCUUUUUUUUACAUUCAACUGUUUUAUAAUUUUAUAAUUUGAGGUUGAAGACUGAGAGAACUCUCACGGGAUUGGUUGUCAGGGGGCAAACGUCAUGCAUGCAGAGAUUUGAUUGGCUAACUGCGCCCAACCACAGCAUUUUGGUUGGCUCGGAAAUAAAACUUCUCAGGUAACCAGGUCUACAGGGGUCGGGGGGGGGGGGUCGAUGAAAUG